AUGGCGUUGGCGAGGAAAGCCAGGAUCAUGAGAGGCCUAGAAAGCCGCAGAGGAGUUUUAAAUGGGUUCAGAGGUUACAUAUGCAGGUUGGCUACUUGGGUAAAUUUUGUGUCACGGGAGUUUGGUGUACAGAAUAUUUCAUCGCCAAGGCAUAGUAUAGAUGCUGGAUAUAUGAAGAUAAAGCAACAGAAUAGACCUCUGCCUGAAGGAGCAGUGCUCCUCCACAUACAUCCUGGGGCCUCCUUUCCUGCAAUGCAUAGUACAUUCCAGAUGAACGGAGAAGACUCCAGACCUAGAGGCCAAGUGUACUGGAUGCACGGAGCCUGGAUUUCUGAACAACUGCAUGGGAGAGACAUUCUAGCAAAAGCAGGGGCCAUUAUACACCUGAACAUAGGAGAAGGAACACCUGCUUGUUGUCCCCUGCUUAAGGAAGGAAUUAAUCCUGAAGUCUGGGCAACAGAAGGACAAUAUGGACGAGCAAAGAAUGCCCAUCCUGUUCAAGUUAAACUAAAGGAUUCUGCCUCCUUUCCCUACCAAAGGCAGUACCCCCUUAGACCUGAGGCCCAACAAGGACUCCAAAAGAUUGUUAAGGACCUAAAAGUGCAAGGCCUAGUAAAAACAUGCAAUAGCCCCUGCGAUACUCCAAUUUUAGGAGUACAGAAACCCAAUGGACAGUGGAGGUUGGUGCAAGAUCUCAGGAUUAUCAACAAUGAAGAACAGAUAGAACACAACUGUCAACAAGUAAUUUCUCAAACCUACGCCACUCGAGGGGACCUUCUAGAGGUUCCCUUGACUGAUCCCAACCUCAGCUUGUAUACUGAUGGAAGUUCUUUUGUAGAAAAAGGACUUCAAAAAGUGGGGUAUGCAGUGGUCAGUGAUAAUGGAAUACUUGAAAGAAAUCCCCUCACUCCAGGAACUAGUGCUCAGCUGGUGGAACUAAUAGCCCUCACUCCGGCACUAGAAUUAGGAGAAGGAAAAAGGACGGGAACCCCUACCUUCACUGCCCACACCCAUAUGGCCCACAACUGCUAUAACUCUGCCACUCUUUGCAUGCAUGCAAAUACUCAUUAUUGGACAGGGAAAAUGAUUAAUCCUAGUUGUCCUGGAGGACUUGGAGCCACUGUCUGUUGGACUUACUUCACCCAUACUGGUAUGUCUGAUGGGGGUGGAGUUCAAGAUCAGGCAAGAGAAAUCUCCUGACUGACCCAGGUACAUAGCACCCCUGGCUCCUACAAAGGACUAGAUCUCUCAAAACUACAUGAAACCCUCCAUACCUAUAUUCACCUGGUCAGCCUAUUUAAUACCACCCUCACUGGGCUCCAUGAGGUCUCGGCCCAAAACGCUACUAACUGUUGGAUGUUCCUCCCCCUGUACUUCAGGCCAUACAUUUCAAUCCUUGUACCUGAACAAUGGAACAACUUCAGCACAGAAAUAAACACCACUUCCAUUUUAGUAGGACCUCUUGUUUCCAAUCUGGAAAUAACCCAUACCUCAAACCUCACCUGUGUAAAGUUUAGCAAUACUAUAGACACACCCAACUCCCAAUGCAUCAGGUGGGUAAGUCAUCCCACAUGAAUAGCCUGCCUACCCUCAGGAAUAUUUUUUGUCUGUGGUACCUCAGCCUAUCAUUGUUUGAAGGGCUCAUCAGAAUCUAUAUGCUUCCUCUCAUUCUUAGUGCCCCCUAUGACCAUCUACACUGAACAGGAUUUAUACAAUCAUGUCGUACCUAAGCCCCGCAACAAAAGAGUACCCAUUCUUACUUUCAUUGUGGGAGCAGGAGGGUUAGGCAGAUUAGGUACUGGCAUUGGCGGUAUCACAACCUCUACUCAGUUCUACUACAAACUAUCUCAAGAACUAAAUGGUGACAUGAAAUGGGUUGCUGACUCCCUAGUCACCUUGCAAGAUCAACUUAACUCCCUAGUAGCAGUAGUUCUUCAAAAUCGAAGAGCUUUAGACUUGCUAACCGCCAAAAGAGGGAGAACCUGUCUAUUUUUAGGGGAAGAAUGCUGUUAUUAUGUUAAUCAAUCCGGAAUCAUCACAGAGAAAGUUAAAGAAAUUCGAGAUCAAAUACAACGUAGAGCAGAGGAGCUUCAAAACACCGGACCCUGGGGCCUUGUCAGCCAAUGGAUGCCCUGGAUUCUCCCCUUCUUAGGACCUCUAGCAGCUAUAAUAUUGUUAUUCCUCUUUGGACCCUGUAUCUUUAACCUCCUUGUUAAGUUUGUCUCUUCCAAAAUUGAAGCUGUAAAGCUACAAAUCAUUCUUCAAAUGGAGCCCCAGAUGCAGUCCAUGACUAUCUACCACGGACCCCUGGACCAGCCUGCUAGCCCAUGCUCUGAUGUUAAUGACAUCAAAGGCACCCCUCCUGAGGAAAUCUCAACUGCACAACACCUACUAUGCCCCAAUUCAGCAGGAAGCAGUUAG